AUGGCGCCGACGUCCAACAAGUCCUUCAUCUACAAGAAGAUCCCAGACGUUUAUCUAGUUCCCGGGGAGCAUAUCGUCGUUGAAGACCGGCCCUUGGAUCUUGAUUCUGCCCCGCUUGAGGGUGGAAUCCUUGUCAAGGUCUUUUAUUCCUCCCUAGACCCCUACAUCCGUGAUCGCACGCGCGAUCCCUCCAUCGAGGACUUCAUUCCAGCUCUCGAUGUCGAUACUCCCAUCGUCAGCGCCAUUGUCGGCCGUGUCAUUCGGUCCGAGUCUGAGAAGUACCAAACCGGAGAUCUCGUGAUGGCCUUUUACGGCGACCACGUCGAGUAUGCUCUCAUCAAGGGAGAUAAGCUCGAAGACGCCGGCUUGUGGAAGAUCUCCAAGCCCCAUGGGCUGGACAUUACGUACUUCCUAGGCGUGCUGGGAAUGCCAGGUACCACAGCGUUCCAAGGCCUGUACAACAUUGGUAAGCCCAAGAAGGGGGAGACCAUAUUUGUCAGCGCCGCAGCCGGGUCAGUUGGGCAGCUUGUUGGGCAACUCGCCAAGGCCGAAGGACUCAAAGUCAUUGGCUCGGCGGGCAGCCAAGCCAAGAUUGACUUUGUGGUCAAUGAACUCGGCUUCGAUGGGGCUUUCAACUACAAGACGGACGAACCUGGCGAGGCGCUGAAGAGACUGGCGCCCGAGGGAAUCGACAUUUUCUGGGACGGCGUUGGUGGACCACAGCUAGAUGCUGCCUUGAUGGCUCUGAAGCCAUACGGACGCAUUAUUUCGUGCGGAACAAUGGCUAUGUACCAUGACAAGCCUGAGGACUUGUACGGCGUCAAGAACCUUUGGGUGGUCCCCAACAAGUACCUCAAGAUGGAAGGCUUCAUCGUAGACCUCUCAAUCGACAAGUACGAAGCCAUGAUAGAAAAGGUUGCGCCUCUGAUCGCCUCUGGCCAGUUCAAGGUCCUCCAGGACAUCACCGUCGGGAUCGAGAAUGGGCCCGAAGCUUUGGCAGGGAUCUUUACAGGCAAGAACUUUGGGAAAGGUGUUCUUCAGAUUGCGGAGCCUGAUGCAUAG